AUGGCACAUGGCACCGGGGAUGGCGCCAUGAUGGUAGGCAACGCAUCGAACUGGGAGAUGCAGGAUGACCAGAGGAGGUCGCUAAGUCUGGAACAGGAUAUGGCCCGUGAGGGUUCUGUCAAGAGCGGUAAUAUCUAA